UUGGUUUACAAGCAGACAUUCUCGGGUGUUGUGACUAUACCCAAACCAUCAUGGUGUGUGUGUGUGUGUGUGUGUGUGUGUGUGUGUGUCUUGCAUUCAGACAUUGACGUUUCGCUGACGUAAUUUGAUGACCUAUCGUUUCCCUCUACCUACGCGUUUCUGCUGGGCAGUGCUGGUUUAUAUAGUCAGUGUAUAUUUUUCAGUCGUUAAUAAAAUGACAUAUAAUUACAAAAUAUUCAGAAAAAAAAAUCCAAGUCAUCUAAAAUAUCAAUUAGUUUUAAGUGUUCAAAAAUAUUGAAACAAUUUAACAUCGCUCAGUUACCAAACUUAUAAAAGCAGCACAGGUGUGACGCUGUAAAGUGUCAUCAUCAUCAUCGUCGUCGUUAUUAUUUCUGAGCAGACACUCGGGCUUUGCCCACGGGGCUUCCUCGCUCCCCGGCUCGUUGCUGCAUAUUCAUUGAAAAGCACCGGGACUUCUAGGUUUACGGCAGAGCGCGUCCGUGCGCGUGGUGGUGGGAGCGAGAGCAAGAUGGCGGCGCUGAAGGAGGAGCAGUGUUACGGACUGUCCUGUGGAAGAGUGAGCAACGGCAGCAAUGUCUCCGUGUUUCACGUCAAACUCACUGACAGCGCGCUGAAGGCGUUCGAAGCCUACCAGAGCAGCAGGGUCCUGUCAUCAUCGCCAUUGAUAAGAUUUAAUGGAAACCAAGGGAAAAUUUCAAUACCACGCUCAGAAAAUUCAAGCGAACUCCAAACUUUUACUUUCUACCUGUCGAAUGUGGGCAGAGAUAACCCCCAGGGCAGCUUCGACUGCAUCCAGCAGUACAUCACCAGUGAAGGGAGCAUUCAGCUGGAUUGUUUGGGUGGGAUCCAGGACAAGAUUACAGUAUGUGCCACAGACGACUCCUACCAGAAGGCCAAGGAAAGCAUGGCCCAGGUUGAGGAGGAGACUCGCAGCAGGAGCGCCAUCGUCAUCAAGCCUGGGGGACGAUACGUAGGUAAGAAGGUUCAGAUCCGGAAACCGGCACCUGGACUCUCAGACGUCGCACCCUUACGGAGGACGUCUCGACCCGUCAUCAUCUCGAGCAGUACGCUGAAGAAGAGCGCAACUCAGCACAGGCCGCUCCGAGAGCGCCUCGUCCACCUGCUGGCUCUCAAGCCUUACAAGAAGCCCGAGCUGAUCCUGAGGUUGCAGAAGGAUGGUCUCUCGCCAUUAGACAAAGACUCCCUGGAUAGCCACCUGCAACAGGUUGCAAACCUGAAUGGGAGAGAAAACACUUUCACAUUAAAGGACUUUUUGUAUAAGGAAAUUCAGAAGGACUGGCCAGGCUACACAGAAGGAGACCAGCAGCUUCUCAAGAGAAUUCUGUUCAGGAAACAAGCCCAGAACAGCUCUGCACCUCCACCAGAGAGCCCACCGAAAGAGCUGGCCAGCAGCUCUCCAUCUCAAAAACGGCCCGCUGCCGACUUCAUCGACCCACUCGCCAACAAAAAGCCAAGGAUAUCGCACCUCGCUAGCAAGGCUGCAACACCCCCGGUUAAUGGCAAGAUCAGCUCUUCCAAUGGCAGAGGCGAUGCAGGCAGCGCGCAGUCGGGAGUGGCGGGUUCGGCGCCAGAUGGCGGAACGCCGUCCGGCUCCCAGCAGCUGCCCAUGCUCGACAUCCCCCGUCCUUUUGAAGCAUUGUCGGACGUCAGCAAUGACUCCAGCAACAAUGGACGCGACUGUGACUCUCAGGAAUUGGCGGUGCCCGAGAGGUUCAGUCAGCCGCCUUCGCUCCCUCAAACAUCUUCCCCCAAACACACGGUCCUGGAGGCCCCGCGGGACAAGAGCGCUUCCUCCUUAAACACCAAGUCUAAAAAGAAGUCCAAAAAGCAUAAAGACAAAGAGAAGAGCAAAGAUAAAGAGAAGGUGAGGGAGAAGGAGCAAGAGCAGGAAAACGAGAGGAAAAGUCGUGACGAGUGUGUGCCGGAGCCUAGUAGAGCCUGUGAGACGAGCCUAGGAAACCUCAAAAGCAACAGUAUUCCACACAGAAGCACAGAUCUUAAUGGGAUGUGUAACAGUACCAGUAUUCCUUCAUCUUCACCUGAAGUGGCAGACUAUUUAUUGAAAUAUACAGUGAUCAGCUCUCCGGAGCAGCGUCAAAGGUAUAAAAAUGAUUUCAACGCCGAGUACAGCGAGUACCGGGGACUACAUGCUCGAAUAGAGGGCAUCACCCGGCAGUUCACGGUGCUGGAUAAUGAGCUGAAACAGCUCCAACACGGCACAGACAAGUACAAGACGGUUCACAAUCAAAUACUUCAAGAGUAUCGUAAAAUAAAAAAGACUAAUCCAAACUACAGCCAAGAGAAGAACCGCUGUGAAUAUCUACACAACAAACUGGCGCACAUUAAGAAACUCAUUGCGGAGUACGAUCAACAGCAACUUUAAAAGUGGUUAUUAGACUGUGUUCCCUGUUAUCUCUGGAAGCUGAGCAGAUGGCGGAAAGCUCCAGAUUCUGCUUGUGUGGGGAGAAAAGAAGAAGAAAAAAAUUGCCAUGAAGGGAGUAUUCCUCUCAUCGGGGCCAAAGGCUCUAGUGGGAACUAAGCGGGACACGCUCUGUUUUUCUUUUGUUUUUUCUUUUGUGAAGAUGAGGCGAAGCCUGGUGUGCAUCCAGAAAAAGUGGCUCUGUGCAGGUCUGUUUUUCUACACACCCUGCUUAUAGUUCAGAGAUGUGAAAGUGUCAAACAUGGAAACUUUGCCACGUUCUUGGGAGAUUUCCAAAUUCUUUUUCCUGCUUUGGAAACAGGAGGGACACGGAGAUGAAAACUGCAGAUUGAAUGCCAAAUGCAAUGAAUUUGUUUUUGAGUUGAGAAAAAAAUUAAACGAAUGAUGAAAAAGUUUUCCCCGCUUAGUGAAAAAUGAAUGGUUGAGAUGUCGAACCUAUUUCUUUGUAUUUAUUUUGGAUAUUAAAAUGGGGGAUGAGUCUGUUUUACACUCCUCUGUAUCAGUACUUUAAAGCUUCUGUUCUCACAUUUUGAAUGUCUGCCAGUAUUUUAUCCAGAAGCUGCCUUGCCCGUCUGUCAGUCUUUUGGGAUAACUUUAUACAUCUCUUUUAAAGAGAUGCAGAUAUUACUGUUGAUUUGAAACCGGCGCGCACGGUCACACGCGGGUUUGUGCGUUCAGCUUUUCGUUUCUAAAAUCAUAUGCACGCGUCUUAAAGGAGGGGGGCUCGGGUUUGCGGUCCUUCAGGCCGAGCUCGGUUCCUGCGGUGGUCCUAAGUUGUGGUUCAGUUAUUGCGUCAGUGAGAAACUAUUCUCUGCUGUUAAUGAAUCGUCUUUCCUGUUUAUUACGGCUUUUGUAGCAACAGAAUGUGUCCGAGUUUUCUGAGGAGCUCAGUAUCAGUGUUACCCUUCUUCGCACUACGGAAGAUCCUUGAAUUGUAAGCUGAAGCAGACGGGAUGCAGACCUACAGCCUUUUUCUUUUCAUCUCCGGGAAGUUUUGGAAGUUUGGGCUUGUGCACCAUUAUCACUUUCAGUUGUGUUCAGAUCACGUUUACUUUUGUUUUUGUCUGCUAAUCUUCCCGCAUGCUAGUCCAUCUGAGACGACUGUUAAGAUGAAGCCAUUUUUGUUCAUCUUCCGAGUGGAGCCCGGUGGACCUCCUGCUCAGAGGAGGACCAGUUUUUGCCUUUUUCAAGUGUGAUGUCAAGUAUUUACAGGGAGCGACCCAAAAAAUCAGUUUCCCGGGUCAGCAUCGAGUCGAGAUGCCCGAGAAACGCCGAGCGCCGUCAGCAAGUGCGUUUCUUAUAUCAAUCUUUUUACGUGAAUAUGGAGAAUCUGCACUUUUUCUUCUGAUCUUGCUGUUAUCUUGGGGCUUUGUCCAAUCGACACACUUCUUUGUCCAUCCGAGUGCAUGCUUUAUGAAUGAGUUACAAUGAACAGUCUUUGUAUCUUUACUUGAAGAAAAAAAACUGCCCAAGGAUAUUAAAAUCCACGCUGAGGCCUAGUCCGACUGUAUUAUCAUGUAAUCGAGUAGACGUGACUCUGACCAGCAUGUAUACCAAAGUGCUUACUGAGUGGGAUGACACAAAACGCUCUACCAAAUGUUGGCAAAGGAACUUGAAUUCCCCGCUUCCAGUUCUCAUUCAUUUUGUCUAUGAUUUACCAUCCAGUAGGAAGUUCUUCAGUGUUUCCCUGUGAGAGGGGUCAGAGCUUCACACUGGACUUGUCAGGUUUCAGAUUUUCAUCUCGCUCCUAAUGCAAACACUACAUGAAGUUCAGAGCUUAGAAACGCGCUGUCGGGUUCAGACCGAGGCUGGAUCUGGGACUCGGAAGUCUGUGAGGAGGAAUGUUUUGUUACUGGUAUCAACACUCGGCAUCACCGAGCGUUACAUCUUUUAACAAAGACUUUCAGUCACUCUUACUGUACCUUGUUUUCUACAAAGAUUCAGACAUGAUUACUGUAUUUCCCUCUCUCUGGUCAAAAUCCAUCGUGAAUAAGUUUAUCAGUGAAAGAUAUUUUGAUCCAAUGGAGAGCAAACUGGUAAUGAUAUGCCAGCACAAGAGUACCAUGUACGAGUUGAUUGUGCCAAAAUGAUCUGUUUGUAUAGGUUUUUUUUUUCCCUUUUUCUUUUCCCUUCAGUAUAUACAUGCUGCUGUAUAAGCAAAGAGGGCUUUGGAGGACAGUCGUGAAAUGUUGGCGCUAAAACCCAAAGCACGCUUUUUGAAAACCAUAAGGGACUGGGACUGAGAUGAUCUUUGUUUCAAUAAUAAAAUUCUUUCAAAUCUUUAUUUGU